UCCUCCGCUCCGCUGAAUCAGACGCUCGCUCAGAGCGUCGCGGCGCUGCAUCAGCUCUGAGCUCUUCAGAUCGGUGCAUGCUGAAGUGAUGAUGGCGGCAGCGCUGGAGAGAGGAGGGCUUCGGGCCGCCUUCCUGAACCCGGGCAGCGGCGGCGGCGGAGCGGCUCCCACAGCGGCGUCUGGAGCGGUGCUGUGGGGCUCCGCGGGCUCCGGGUCUAUGCCCGUCCCCAUGAACCUCUUCGCCACCUGGGAGAUCGACCGCUCCUCUCCGAGCUGCGUGCCCCGGCUGUGCAGUCUGACCUUGAAGAGGCUGAUCGUGUUGAAGGAGCUGGAUAAGGAUUUGAACUCGGUGCUCAUCGCUGUGAAGAUUCAGGGCUCCAAACGAGUGCUGCGCUCUAACGAGUACGUCCUUCCUCCCAGCGGCCUGAUGGAGACGGAGCUGGAGCUCACCUUCUCUCUGCAGUAUCCUCACUUCCUGAAGAGAGACGCCAACCGCUUGCAGAUAAUGCUGCAGAGAAGAAAACGCUACAAAAACAGAACCAUUCUGGGCUACAAGACGCUCGCGCUCGGAGUCAUUAACAUGGCCGAGGUGUUGCAGCAUCCUACAGACGGAGGCCAAAUUCUGGGUCUCCAUAGCAACAUGAAGGACGCGCCGACACGCGUGGCUGAGAUUAGCGUGUUCUCACUCUCCAGUCAACCCAUCGACCACGAGUACGGCAACGGCCAGACGGGAGCCAAGACCAAAGCCUCGGAUCGUUCUCCUGACAUGGAUAAUUACUCAGAGGAUGAUGAUGACAGUUAUUCAUCAGGGCAGGAGGGCAGUGAUGAUGCUGGACACGCACAGGAUUUGUAUGAUGAAGAUGACGACAUACGAAAGCCAAAAAAACCCAGACGGAAAAUGAUUAGAUCUGUCUCAUUGACACGACAACCCAACUUCAAGCAGAAGUUUGUGGCCUUACUGAAGAGAUUCAAAGUCACAGAUGAGGUUCUGGACUCAGACCCGGUGGAUCAGACGCAGGAGGUGGAGGAGGAUCUGGAUCUGCUUUAUGACAGUCUGGAGGUUUUUAAUCAGAGCGACAGCGGCCCGGAGCUGGAGGACAACGAGAGCGUCCUGAGCACCCCGAAACCCAAACUCAGGCCGUUUUUUGAGGGCAUGUCUCACUCCAGUUCUCAAACAGAGAUCGGCAGCGUUCACAGUCACAAUCAACACCGAGACGCAGCGUCCAACAUGGCUGCUGACUUCCUGUCGGUGGAGGGGUGUGAGACGGCCGGCUCGUGGCAGCAGGAGGACACCAGCGGCGGGGAGGCGGAUGCAGAGCAUCAUGGGAUAGUAAUGGCAGAUGUGUCAGAGCCCAUCAGCGAUCGACUGAACAAACUCUGCAAGACUGAGUCCCAGAAUCACAGCAGUCCCAGUAAAGCGGAGAGCAGGGUCCCACGGCGCGCUCGCAGCACAUCCAUGAAGGACAGACAGAACUCCCGAGCUCAGAGCGAGCGCACCAUCAGCGUGGACAGCGAGUAUUCGCUCGACAGCCGCUUCAGCGCACAGGUGCCCAGGAAAUCAGUGUAUGAUCAGCUGAAUCAGAUCCUGAUCUCAGACGAGAGACUCCCAGAGAACAUCAUCCUCAUCAACACAGUGGACUGGCAGGGCCAGUAUGUGGCGGAGGCCCUGCAGAAACACGCUCAGCCCAUUGUGUCGACCUGCUCCGCCGCUGACGUCCAGGCCGCAUUUAACACCAUCGUCACACGCAUUCAGAGAUUCUGUAACUGUAACGCUCAGACUCCGCCCACUGUGAAGGUGGCGGUGGCGGGUGAUCAGAGCUAUCUCAGUACAGUGCUGCGCUUCUUUGUAGAGCAACUGGCCAAUAAGACGCCUGAUUGGCUGAGCUACAUCCGCUUCCUCAUCAUCCCCAUCGGUUCCCAUCCUCUGGCCAAGUACGUGUCGACAUUCGACAGUAAGUUCAACAGUAUGUUCAUGGACCCGUCAUGGAGGGAGCUGUUCUGCCGGUCAGAGACUCCCAGCGCAGACACUGUUGAUGUAGCUGGACGGAUCAUCCAGUAUCUGGCUGGAGCGAAUGUGUCUCAUCAGUUUCCCAUCUCUGAAGCCAUGCUCACCUACAGACAGAAGAGGAAGAGGAGUUUGUAUUUAGAUUUUUACAUCAGUCCGGAUGAAGAUUCGUGCCAAAAAUUUGUGCCAUUUAUCGGGGUGGUGAAGGUGGGGAUCGUUGAACACAGUCUGUCCACAUCAGUGGAUUCUGAUGAUGCCAUGGGUGGGAAUGUGGGUGUGGUUUCCUCACCCUUGCCGCAGUCGGCCACGCCCUAUGGGAAGGAGAUGUGUGUGACUCCGCCCCCGUCGCCCUCGGUGUGUGCUGUUUUCACUGGCAUGGGUUCUCCGUGCACAGGUGGAGAGCUGAUGGGGCUGCAGGUGGACUACUGGACGUGUCAGAGCGGAGAGAAGAAGCGUGAGGGUGAGAAGCGUGACGUGGGUCUGAAGAACACACUGAAGAGUAACUUCCGCUCGCUGCAGGUCAGCCGUCUGCCCAGCGGAGGAGACCCCAGCGCUCCUCACAGCAUGGCCAUGACCGUCGUCACCAAAGAGAAGAACAAGAAAGUGAUUUUUCUGAGUAAGAAGCCGAAGGAGAGGGAGGUGGACUCUAAGAGUCAGGUGAUCGACGGCAUCAGCCGGCUCAUCUGCGCGGCCAAACACCAGCACACCAUGCUCCGAGUCUCCAUCGAUGGCGUGGAGUGGAACGAUGUGAAGUUCUUCCAGCUGGCCGCGCAGUGGCCGACUCACGUCAAGCACUUCCCCGUCGGUGUGUUCGGCUACAGCAAACACGCGUGACGUCACGCCUGCACGAGGACACGUCACUGGCUGCCUCCGGUUCGUUCGUGUGGUCGCGUGUGUUUUCAGUGGCACUAUAUACACAGAGCAGGUCAUAUUUCCUCUGAAGAACUGUACGGUGACGGACGGCAAACGCCAAGCACUUUCUGUUUCUUGCUACUUUAUAAUUUCUGUGAAAUCCUGUGUUGAAUUUUGCAGGUGCAUGAUGGGAUUGAUACCGAACACGCGUGCGCCGACAGGCCGUGUCGAGGCGUUUUGCUGUGAAUUUAAAUGGAUUUUUUUACCCCGAUGUAAACUCUAUUUGUAGUAUUUUGUGAUAACACAUUGAAUAUGAAACUGUUAAACCUGCCUUUCAAAGCACAUCUUGUAUUAUCAAUUACAUCAAUGCUUCAAAGUUGAAAAAUACAACUUCCAACAGAUCAUCAUUACUUUUUAAUUCAUUUUUGACAGAAUAUACUUUAACUGCACCUUCUGAUCACACUGCAACAGUGCAGAUGUCUAAAGAUUCUUAAAUCAAGAUGCAUUUACUGGAGACACCAGUAAAUGAAGUUUGGGAGGAACAUGCAGAAUCCGUCGAGCUCCUUUUAUCAUUGGAUCUGAGUGUG